AUGGGUCUGAAGGGGGCAUGGUGUUUCCCAUGGUGCGGGUGCCGGAGGCAGCGGGGGACUGAAAGAGGAGCAGGCCUGAGUCCUGCUGCCCCUCCAGAUCCCAGUCCAGCUAUAGCCCCCAUCAUGGCUGAGGGAGGGGUACCCUCGCCAGGGCCUGGUGCCUACUUCAGCAGGAAAGCCCGACUCUCCUUCCGCCACCAGCUGCAUGACAUAGCAUCGGCCAAUGACUCCACCAUUUGAAGGGGACAACGAGGAGCUGAACCUCCAGGAAGGCUUAGCAAGCUUCCUUCCCCAGAUUUCUCAGCGAUCCUAAUGUCCACCUCCCCAAGUCCUUUCUAACCUUCUCAUUAAAUGUGUUCAU